AUAAGAGAAUAUCCUGAAAGGGCAGAACAAAAAUGGAGAAAACAAAAAGGGCAGAACAAUCAAGCUUCAAGCCUUUAAAUUCAACUAUUCUAUAAAAUUCAAUAAAAAUAUGGAAAAUUUUCCACAAAAAGUAAAUCUACCUCAACACAUGUACAAAUCUUGAGACCUCCAGACAUGUUUUAGAUUUGUGUGUUGGGAAUUUGGGAUUGAAACACAAACAAAAACAUGGGAAAACACAGCUGAGUGAGUCAGUUGUCUUGUGAAUUGAAUUGUUGAGAGUAUCUUGUUCAAUGGGUAGCAACAACGAGGACCCAAGCUCUUCCCCAUCGCACCCUCUUCUUGAACCUCACUCACCUGACUCACAAGAAUCCUUCAUUCACAUAUCAUACAACCAUGGCCCUCGUUCCUUCAAGGACCUUCCUUUCUUCAUCCUCUUUCUCCUCUUCUCUCUUUCCACUUUCGCCUUCGGCAUCUUCUCCAUCUUCCACAGAAACCCCGACUACCCUGCUUCCCUCUCUUCCUUCUCCUUCAACCCAACCACCCAAACCUGCACCACCUCCACCUCCACCUCCACCACCUACUUCCUCCUCUCCCUCAAUUCUACAUACUAUUCCUCCAAUUUUGUUGAGGACUUGACAUGGACCCUCGUUAUCACCUUCAUUCUCAGCAUACCCAUUUGCUGGCUACUCCUCCUUUUUCUCAAGCAUUAUACCAAACACCUUGUCUACGCUACUCUCCCCUUCUUCAUCGUCAUCCCCAUCUUCCUCAACGUUUACUGGUUCGUUGUCUGCACUGUCAGCCCCACUUGCAGCGAUGUUUUCCCCAUGGUAUACCGCAUUCUCGUUCUCGUCUUCCUCUUCCUCGUGAUUGGGGUAAUCGUGUGGAUCCUCGUUGCGAAUUGGCACCGUGUUGAGCUCACAAUCAGCAUAAUCGGUGUGGCAUCAAACGCGCUUUCUUGGAACCUGGGUUUGUUCGGGGUGCUACCCUGUUUGACCAUUGGCCUUUUGCUCUACUACGUUCCCAUGGUGGUGUUCAUGGUUUUCGCCACGUUUAACGGCAAAGUUGUGCCGAAAAGUUUGGAAGGUGAUGAAAUUGGAUGUGUUUGGAAGCAGGAUAGUUGGGUGCCGGCUUAUUUUGCGCUGGCAAUACUCACUAUGCUGUGGUCCGCAACGGCGAUGGUUGAGGCGCAGGUUUAUGUGAUCAGUGGGACUAUUGCUCACUGGUAUUUCUCAAAGGAUGAUCAAGUUCCAAGAAAGAGUAUUACAAAUUCUAUAAGAAAUGCUUUUGGUCCUUCUGUGGGCACCGUAUGUUUGUCAGGAUUGCUUAUGUGUGUUGUCCGAAUGGUUCGUUCUGCGGUUGAUAGUGCUAGACAAGAGGAUGCUCCGGGGAUAUUUAACCUGAUAUUGCGAUGCUGUGUGAAUGCCUUCCUGGCAGCAGUGGAUUUUCUUAAUAAGUUUACCAUCAACUUUGCCGCAAUAACCGGUGAGGCUUACUGCACAUCUGCAAGGAUGACAUAUGAACUUCUAAGACGUAAUCUUCUGUCUGCUGUUUUUGUGGAGACCAUCUCAUCUCGCAUCCUGGCCGGAAUUAUCUUUGUCCUGUCGGCAAUAUACACAAUUGUGGUAUGUGUUAUAUUAAAGACCACAACGAGUCUUGGGUCCGAUUCAUAUCUAGUAGCAGCGCUAGCUUGGUUGCUGCUGAUCAUAGUGCUGGGAUUCUUUGUGCAUGUACUAGACAUUGUAAUCGACUCAAUUUAUGUCUGCUAUGCCAUAGACCGUGAUAGCGGAGAAGUCUGCAAACAAGAUGUCCAUGAGGUUUAUGUUCACUUGCCCAUUAGCAGGAGUAGCAGACAAUCUAAUGUUGUAACAAGAAUUCUAGGUGUGUAAAUAGUUCUUCUUAGGAGUCAAAUGUUUUGAGACAUUUGAAUUGCUACUUUGAGGGCAUUCUUAAGUUAGAGCUGUGUGUGAGCCUAUUGUGCAUACUUCUUGAGUGUUUCUUUUAGAAAUGUAGUUUAAUAAUUUGUAGUUGUAGAGAGCAAGGGAAAUUAAGUUUAUUUGAAUGCUGACUUAAGUUUACCAUGUAACCUGAACUAUGUACUAUACUUCUUCUGUAAGGGUGAAGACUGAAGACUGAAGAGCACAAGUGAAGCUCAUAAAUCAAACAAUUUUGUUCAACGACUAAGCAUAAUUUGUGCUACUUUGUAGUUUGUAGUGCUUUCAUUUAUUUGCUUCUUAUCCAAGUCAUGUCAAAGAAAAAGAAUGGUUUGCUUAAUUUUAGUCUAGCAAUCUCAUGUGGCAGCAAAUAUGUUGAAUCAUGAAUGGGAAACGAGGACUCUGCUUAUUUUCUUGUUUUCUC